AUGCCCAGAAAUGUCCGCUACACCCCCCAGCAGCGGCGCUGGCAGCUGUUGGCGGGUUGCAGUGUCCACUUCCCCAAUGAUGUUCUGUUCUUGGACCACAUCUGCCAGGGCGACCUGCAGCAGGUGGGCUGCUUCCUCCGGGCCCACAAAGCGACCCUGGACACCAUCCACCCCUCAGGUGAGCCUGCCCUGCCUGCCCUCCAUGAAGCGGUGCUGUCCGGGAGCCUGGAGUGCGUGCGGCUGCUGGCCAGGCGCGGGGCUGACAUCUAGCAGCGUGCGGAGGCGAGCUGGACCGCCCUGCACAUCGCCUGCCGCGACGGGCACCCUGACCUAGCCGGGCACCUCGUCUCCCGGGGGGCAGCCCGCGACGCGGCCACCGAGGACGCGCCCUGCCUCCGGCCUCGUCGACCGGGCGGCCCGGCCCUGGCCGAGCUCCUCAGCGACUCUGGGGGCUGA